AAUUUUUUUAUCAGAUGAUAAAAGGAAUGAAUUGAAGGAAUGCUUGUCAUCAACUGCAUCACCGGCUAAGUCAUCGCUGUUGAAAAAUUAUUGCCUACGUCCCUGCACGCGAAAGCACAGCGUGAUACGUCCCUGCACACGAAACCACAGCGUGAUUAUGAGGCACCGUUACCACUUUUGUAAUGGCCAAAAAUGGCUAUAAAACGAGGAUAGAUAUCGGGUGAACUGAGCAGCCAGAACGUGGAGGAAACAGAGACAACGAAAAUGAGCAGUGGAGUAGGGAAGAUCGUUUGCGUCACCGGGGCCUCCGGUUACAUUGCUUCCUGGCUUGUGAAGCUCCUUCUCCUCCGUGGCUACACCGUCAAGGCCUCUAUUCGUGAUCCAAAUGAUCCCAGAAAGACUGAACACUUACGCGCACUUGAAGGAGCUGAGGAGAGACUUCAGCUGUUUAAAGCAAACCUACUGGAAGAAGGUUCCUUUGAUGCUGCUGUUGAAGGGUGUGAAGGUGUUUUCCAUACUGCAUCUCCUUUUUAUCAUGAUGUUAAGGACCCACAGGCUGAAUUAAUUGAUCCUGCAUUGAAGGGAACACUUAAUGUUCUUAACUCAUGUGCAAAAGUCCCAUCAGUCAAACGAGUUGUCUUGACGUCAUCUAUGGCUGCAGUUGCUUUCAAUGGAAAACCUCGAGCUCCAGAGGUAGUAGUUGAUGAAACUUGGUUUUCUGAUCCAGAUUUUUGCAAGGAAUCUAAGCUUUGGUAUGUAGUCUCAAAGACCUUGGCUGAGAAUUCUGCAUGGAAAUUUGCAAAAGAGAAGGGCAUAGACCUGGUUACUAUAAAUCCGGCAAUGGUGAUUGGUCCUCUCCUACAACCAACUCUUAAUACAAGUGCUGCUGCAAUUUUAAGCGUGGUAAAAGGAGCGAACACUUUCCCGAAUGCAACUUUUGGAUGGGUAAAUGUUAAAGAUGUUGCCAAUGCACAUAUUCAAGCAUUAGAGAUUCCGUCAGCAAAUGGACGAUACUGUUUGGUUGAGAGAGUUGCACACUACUCAGAGGUAGUGAAUAUGUUGCGAGAGCUUUACCCAGAUUUCCAACUUCCAGAAAAGUGUGUGGACGAUAAACCUUAUGUGCCAACAUAUCAGGUGUCCAAGGAAAAAGCAAAAGGCCUGGGUAUUGACUUCAUACCCUUGGAUGUGAGCUUAAAGGAAACAGUUGAGAGCUUAAAGGAGAAAGGAUUUAUCAUAUUUUGAGCAUUUUCUUUUGUUGAUAAAUAAACAUGGAACCUGGAACUUGUGUUGGCCUUGUGGUCUUGGUUUGGUGACUUUUGAAAGAUGGUUUACAUUUUGUAAGCUUGUAUAAAUGGAACUAUUGUCUCUUUAGCUGCGUUGUUUUCAGAUGAUGAAACCUGAAAUCUCAAUAUGAGGUUUUUAUGCCGAAUAGUAGUGGGUAAUAUGUAAUGAGUGUUGUAUGAAUUUUGCUAAAUCAAAGUGGGAAAGGAAAUUGAGUCCUUUCAGUAUAAACCCAAA